AUGGUUUUGCUAUUCGUGAUACUAGAAUCCAAGGACUUCGCUUCCCUAAGCUUGUACUUAUGUCGUCUGCGUAUAUAUCCAGGCUUCCCUAAGCUUGUACUUAUGUCGAGCAUGUCCGGAGCGGGCACCAGUUCUGCUGCUGCUUGGUGGGAGUGA